GGGGAGGGGAGGGGCGUGGGGAGUAACGUAUCGAUUAGCAAAGGGGAAUAUGCGGACAGUCAUAUGAAGAAGAUUCGUGAGUCAUGCGCAUCUUCCUCUUCCUGAUGCUGCUUUUUUCUUGCCUUCAAACAACUCCCCAUUCCUCACCCUUUCUAUUUCUAACUGAAAAUCAAACUAUAUAAUUAUAUCCCUCCCUUCUCUUCUCUGCUCGCCACAUCUUCCCUUCCCAGAUUAAGCAUAGAAGUUGUACCUCGCACUCUUCUUCCGACUGUUGCCAGCAAGUUCUUGCUGGCAGGUAAAGUGGCUUGCGCAAUCUUUUGAGGAUUAUGAGUCUCCAGAGAGCAUUGAGACCUAGUAAAGCCUUGGAAGGUGUACAUGGGGUGCAAGUGGUUCCUCAUUCACCAUUUGCAUUGGAGGAGAUUAACCAAAAUGGGGACUUCCAGUCCACUUAUGAUAAAUCAUUUAUUUCAGCAAAUCAACCACUAUUGAUGCAAGUAUGGCAGCAGAGACCAGCUUGUUUAAGGCCUGUACGAUAUUGUUGUAUGCAGGUAGGGGACCAGAAUCUUCUAGAGACCGUUGCCAAUGUGUUGACAUCACUUCCUUUUAUUGCUCUUGGGAUCCAGGCCCCAAGGAAAAAUUUGAAGACUAAACUGUAUGCAAAUUCACUAAUUGGAGUUGGAGUUGCCUCUACUUUGUAUCAUUCUUCCAGAGGAAAGCUGAGGAAGUAUUUAAGGUGGGCUGACUAUACAAUGAUUGCCACAGCAACUGUGUGUCUGUCAAGAGCUCUUAGAAAUGAGAACCCAAAGUUACUAAUGGCAGCUUCUGCUUUGCUUCUACCUGUCCAGCCUCUGAUGGUUUCUGCAGUUCACACUGGAAUGAUGGAGGUAGCAUUUGCAAAGAAAGCAUUAAAAGAUCCGGAACUAAGGAUGGCUCACAAUGUGCAUAAGAUGUCAUCAUUGUUGGGAGGUGUUCUUUUCAUUGCAGAUGAUUUGUUUCCUAGGACUCCUUUCAUGCAUGCUGCAUGGCAUCUUGCCGCAGCUGUUGGUGUGGGCACCUGUAACAAGCUUCUUGAGUAGUGUAACAACGAUUAAUUCCUUAGUAUUCAUUCAUCCUGAGAGCUGAGAGAACGAAAUUACUUUGUUUUCCUAGUUUAUACACCAGUAUCAGGUAUAAAAUAAGGUGCAAUUUUUGCCUUCGACCAGCAUGAUUGAACUUAAACCCAAACUGGGUUCUUUUUUUUUUUUUUCUUUUUUCCUAUCAUUAUGAUUAUUUCCCCAGAUCAGAUGUAGUAUCAUGUAUAUUCAUUAUGAACCACUGUCGAUAUGUAAAACCAGGGAUAUUGUAAUUAAACUCUUACCAAAAAUAUUUAUAUUUGGCUGCUCAAGAACAA